AUGUCAUCCACCACCACCACCACCACCACCACCACCACACCGGUCGUUCAUUCAGGAGCGACCAACUCUCUACAAGAAUUGACUUUACAAGAUUUGAGAGGAUUAGAUUUCUUCAUUUUCGAUUCUCUUUUGAGACCUUCUCAAGCCAUCACGUUGAUCAACCAAUUACUUAAUAGAGGCGCAAACGUCAUCUCGUCAAUCACCUCUUUGUCGGAUUACCCACUCAACCGUCUUGAUAAGUUCCAUUUCAUAAUCCCAUCAUUAUGUCACGUAGAUCAAUCCUUGAAGAAAAAAGGUCGUAAAGAAGCUGUUCAAAUAGCCACGGGAAACGCUCAGAGUUGGAAAACACUCUCUACCUUUGGUAUGACUUUCAACGUGGAUAAACUCCGAAGUACCCAAUGGGUACAUUCAAACUUCGAAUGGAAAAACGUUUUGGAAUCUAAGAAUGGGAUACCGGAUAGACAAGACGUUUUGACUACCAAAGCUUUGGAAAGGUUGGAAAGGAUUGAGAAACAGAGGAAAUUCGUCAUUGAUCAUGCUAGAGUAUAUGAUUGGGAUAAGGAUGGAUCGAGUAUCGGAUCAUGGCAGGAAGACCUAAAGAGGGUAGUGAACGAUGGCAAGACUGAGAUCCAACCUGGUUUCACAGCCUUCCUCCGAUCCAGAGAUGAUCAACUCUAUCAAACGAUCCCACAAUUGAAAAUCAGAGGUCAUUCAUUCUCCGGUAAAGAAUCUAACAACGAACGUAAAUACCUUGUUCCCAAGAUCGAAUCGGGGUCGAUUUCGAGUCGUAAGAAGAGGUCGGAACCGUUCGGAUCCAAAGGUGUCAAACGUGGUAUCAGUGUUGAUUCCGAACAAGCAGAAGAAAGACGAGGACAAAAAGUCGACAAGGAUGACGAUUCGUCUAUCAAAGAAAAUAAAAGACGUAAGAUGAAUGACAGACAUGAUGAUUAUCUGGAUGGUUUCAAGAGGAAAUCGAACCUAUCCAAUGAGAAGGAGCAUUCAAUCGAUUUCCAAGAAAACCAAAGUGAUCAUACUAUGGAAGAAAGGCAAACGUCUCAUCAAGAUACCACUCGGACGAAAAUCAAGACUCGGGAAUACGAGAAUAUACAUCCCGUUCAAGGAGAAAGUUGGGAAUACGAAAGUAUGCAUUCUGUUGAGAUGAGAAUGAAAACAAGAGAGGGAGAAACUUCAUCUUCAUCUUUAUCUUUGUCAGAUAUCAGACGUUUACCUAUCAUCCAGGAUCAACAUGACGAUGAGGAUUUGGUUUCGUCGAAUCUCUUGACACUUUCUCGUACCGCUACGGAUCAACUCGAACGGAUUUUUGGGAAAGAGCAACGAGGACAAGGAGAAAACGAUGGGGAAGAGGAAGAGGAUCGAGGAGAAAACGAUGGGGAAGAGCAACGAGGACGAGGAGAGAACGAUGGGGAAGAGGAAGAGGUUCGAGGAGAGAACGAUGGGGAAGAGGAAGAGGUUCGAGGAGAGAACGAUGGGGAACAAGAAGAAGAACAAGAAGAAUCUGGUAGUACCGAUGAAACUGAUCUCGAGAAACGGGAGAAAGAGAGAAAUAACAAAGGUAUCGGUCAAGUUGUCGAUGAUAUUGAUCAAGGACAAGAACAAGGCGAGGAGCAACGUAUCGUUGUCCAUCUUCUCGGUUCAUCACAUCAGGUCGAAGUUCAACACGCUUCCACAUCACAAUUCCCACAUUUUCUCGUCCCUAUACCUAUCCCACCGUCGAUCCAGUCCGAAUCCUUUUCACCUAUACCUGUCCCACCGUCGAUCCCGUCCAAAUCUUUUUCACCUUUACCUAUCCCACCUUCGAUCCAGUCCGAAUCUUCUUCUACCGCCGAAAGGAUGAUGACCGAUGGUAGCAAGACCAACCGGUUCACAACCUUUCCUGCUGUUCUCGAUCGAACCUUGAGUUUGGAUCCUUUGUCUGUCGUCGGUCUUCCUUCAACGACGAUUGACGUACCCGGACCGACAUCGUCCAUCGCUACGUCAAUCACAUUGAACGGAUCGGCCUCGAGGAGAGAAGACGCGAGCGGAUCCACCUUGGGAGAACACACGAGCGGAUCCACCUUGAGAGAACACACGAGCGGAUCCACCUUGAGAGAACACACGAGCGGAUCCACCUCGAGGAGAGGAGUCACGAGCCGAGUCCUCACCAAAGGAAAACAAAAAGACGAGAGGACAUAUCAGAUCCAUCGAGUCUCCACACAUCUGUUGGAAAGGAAAGCAUUGUAUCUUUCAGAUUUUCAAAGUUGGAAAACAUGGUGGGAAUCGAACCCUUUUGGUGAUUUGUCAAACCAGAAUUGUCAUGUCACCUUCAUACCGGACGCUAAGAAGAUUAUGUCUUUCAUCAUCAUUUCGAUCCGAUCACAAAAUCACAGUGAGCUCGGAGGGUCAUCGGUUGGAUCCGGAAACGAUGAACAUGUUGUAAGAUCAGGGAAAAACCAAGAUGUUGUAAGAUCAGGGAAAGACGAAGAAGAUGUUGUAAGAUCAGGAAAAGACGAAGAUGUUGUCAGAUCGGAGGAAGAUGAAAGACAAGACGAUGACGGUUCAUCAAGUCGAAAGAAAGAUGUUUAUUGUGUAUUGGAUCAAGGUGAUAGAGGUGUUGAUAGAGAACGGUUCAAACGAAUAUCACAAUACUUCUCCAUCAUGUUCUCCAUUGAUCUAAAAGUCAUUGAGGAUCCAGAUGAAGCUUCUCGGAUCAGACGACAAGUAGAAAACGGUGGACCUAUCUUGGAAUGA